UCCCUCCCUCCUUCCCCCUCUGUCCCUCCCUCUCUCUCUCCUUGCUCCUCUCUCACACGCACAAGAUCCUCUGUCAUGGCGUCUUCCAACAAUGUUACUCCCACCAACUGUAGCUGGUGGCCCAUAUCAGCUAGGGACGAAGAUGGCAAAAUCACAGACGGAGAGGAGAGUCACGAGCCCACGAUAGAACACAAGCCAUUCUCCAAAGACAGGCUCGUUCUGUAUCACUGGACUCAGUCCUUCAGCUCUCAAAAGGUGCGUCUGGUGAUCAAUGAGAAAGGGUUGCUGUGUGAAGAACGGGAUGUCAGUCUGCCUCUCACUGAGCACAAGGAGCCUUGGUUUAUGAGGCUCAACCUAGGGGAGGAAGUGCCGGUUUUCAUCCAUGGAGACACGAUUGUCAGUGACUACAACCAAAUCAUUGAUUAUAUAGAGACCAACUUUAUCGGAGACACAGUAGCCCAGCUGAUUCCAGAUGAAGGAACUCCCAUGUAUGCAAGGGUACAGCAGUACCGUGAGCUGCUGGAUGGGCUGCCUAUGGAUGCUUAUACACACGGAUGCAUCCUGCACCCUGAACUCACAACCGACUCCAUGAUCCCAAAGUACGCCACUGCUGAAAUACGUAGACAUUUGGCCAAUGCAGCAUCUGAACUGAUGAAGUUGGACCAUGAAGAACCCCAGCUGACAGAACCAUACCUCUCCAAGCAGAAAAAGCUCAUGGCGAAGAUCUUGGACCAUGACAAUGUGAACUACCUGAAAAAAAUUCUUGGUGAGCUGGCAAUGGUGCUAGACCAAGUAGAGGCAGAGCUGGAAAAAAGAAAACUGGAAUAUCAAGGUCAGAAGUGCGAAUUAUGGCUUUGUGGACCUACUUUUACACUAGCUGAUAUUUUUCUUGGAGCCACAUUGCACAGGCUCAAGUUCUUGGGACUCUCAAAGAAAUACUGGGAGGACGGGAGCCGGCCGAACCUGCAGUCGUUUUUUGAGCGUGUGCAGACGCGCUACGCUUUCCGCAAGGUGUUGGGGGACAUCCACACGACCUUGCUCUCUGCAGUUCUACCCAAUGCAUUCCGAAUGGUAAAAAAGAAGCCACCAUCCUUCUUUGGCGCAUCCUUCUUAAUGGGCUCUCUCGGGGGGAUGGGCUAUUUUGCCUAUUGGUUUUUAAAAAAGAAAUACAUGUAGUGAAUGUGCUCUUGUAAGUGUUUUGUGUCUGUGUAUCUGUGUGACGUUCGAACUUUUCGGUAACACUGUUUUACGAGAGCAGGAAAAACAAGACAAUAUACAGAGAUUAACACUAUUACUUACUUGGGUGAAUAAUUAAAUAAAUAUAUAAUGAGAACAUUCCAAGACUAGGAAUUCUUCUUAACAGCGCCUUCUCUGGUAAUGAAAGCCUUCAUAAUUUUUUUUUUUUUUUAGAUUUACUGGUUUAUUUUAUUCAUAUUAGGCUUGCAUACAGCAUAACUAUGUUGUGUUGUUAUGUCCAGAUUAU